AAUAUGACGCAGGCACAGCCGGAAGUUACGCACAAGGCACGCGUCCUGCCUGCAGAGCACCUCACAACGAUGGAGCUUCAGUCGGAGGAGACACCUGCUGUGAAGGAGGGAGGAGGAGCAGAAGCGUCAGGAGGAGGAGCAGAAGCGGUAGGAGGAGGAGAAGCGGCAGGAGGAGGAGGAGCAGCAGCAGAAGCGUCAGGAGGAGGACGACGGGAGUCAGGGCGGAAGAGGAGACAUGAAGAAGAAGAGGAGACCUCACCCGCCAAGAAGAAGGUGACAGAUCACGGGCUGAAGGUGGCAAGUCACUACAACAGUCUACAGGAGGUAGGUCUGGCCGCUCGAAGUCGAAGCAGGAUCUUCUUCAUGAGGAACUUCAACAACUGGCUGAAGAGCGUUCUCAUUGGUGAGAUUCUGGAGCGAGUUCGAGGGGCGGGGCCUCAGAAGAUAUCAGUGUUGGACCUGGGGUGUGGGAAAGGAGGAGACCUGCUGAAGUGGAGGAGAGGGGGGAUCAACCACCUGGUCUGUGCUGAUUUGGCGGGAGUUUCAGUGGAGCAGUGUCAGAGCCGCUACGAGGACAUGAAGAAGAAAAGUCACUUUAACGAGGAAAUCUUCAGCGCUCAAUUUAUCACCGCCGACUGUACCAAGGAGGUUUUGUCGGAGCAGUUGGACGACCCUGAACUCAUGUUUGACAUCUGCAGUUGUCAGUUUGUUUAUCAUUACUCGUUUGAGAGCGAGCAGAAGGCUGACAUGAUGCUGAGAAAUGCCUGUGAGCGUCUAAAACCUGGAGGUUUCUUCAUCGGAACCACACCAGACGCCUUCGAGCUUGUUAAACGCUUGGAGGCAUCGGACUCUCAGUCGUUUGGAAACGAGGUUUUUAAAGUUUCCUUUCAGUCUAAAGGUGUCUAUCCGCUGUUCGGGUGUCAGUAUCACUUCAGCCUCGAGGACGUCGUCAAUGUUCCAGAGUUCCUCGUCUACUUUCCUCUUUUUGAACACAUGGCCAAGCGCUACAACAUGCGUCUGGUGAUGAAGCAGAGAUUCUCUGAGUUCUUCGAAGAGAAGGUGAAGAAGGAGCAGCAUCGCAGCCUUAUGAUGAAGAUGGGGGCUCUGGAGCCAUUUCCUUGUGAAGAUGGAGGGCAACAGGCUUCAGACAGCACAGGAGAGUACAGCCAUGCUAAAGAGCACUGCAGCAGAGCCAGACAGCCACUGGGCACUUUGAGUAAAUCUGAGUGGGAAGCAACAAGUAUCUACCUGGUGUUUGUUUUUCAGAAGAUGUCCUGAUGCUGAAAUUGAACUGUUUUUCUUUGGUUUAAACUCGCCUGCUGUUUUUACUUUGUGUUUGUACAGUGUUUACCUGUUUCCUUUCUAAUUCUUUCAUAAACUGUGAACUGUAACAAGUUUGUUGGAGAAUUGAAUUAAAUCUGAAAUUAAACUCA